AUGUCUGAAAAAUAUGGAAAACUUGUUCUCCAUAUUAUUGAAGCGACGGAAACUUUAACAAUAACAAAAACAACAACCGGCAAGGAACAACUGGAGGAUAAGAUGGUCGCCUUCGUGUUCACACACGGCUCGCCAAGCUUCCCGGGUUGUGUGGGAUUCGAGAAUCAGAUCAGUACAUUUUAUGAAGCCGUGAAAGCUAACCAUCCGGAUUUUGAACUUGUCUAUAUUCCCGCUCAAAUUUACCGUACUCCGGAAGACCAUCACCCGAAGAACUAUACAUUUUGUUUGGCCAAGUUGAGGGAUUGUGCUUUUAUACAACUCGCGAAAAACUACGGUAUCACUAUCGACAAAAUCCCACAAAUCCUUAUCAUCCGUGCCAAUGGCGACGCGGUGGUCAGGAUGACUCGUUGGGAGUUUGACGAGAAUUGUGAGCAACCGGAAGAGCUUUGGGACGAUUGGAACGAAAAGUUCCAUGACCCGGAUGCACCGAUUCAUAUGAGAGGAGAGGUGAUGAGGGGGGUUCAGACGGAUCCGGAGAUUCUGAAGGCGCUUAGAGAUGAGGAGGAAAGGAGGGACAUGUUUAAAGACUGGAAGUAUAUUGAUGAUAGUUCGGAUGAGGAGGAGACGGAAAUUUAG